ACGCCGGUGCAAAGUAUAAUUCUCGUUUGCGACGAGUUCGUGUUACUCGAGUCGAGUAAGGGUUACAAAGCCAGUGGCUGUCUGUCGGCGGCGUUCGUAGAUUCGUGUCUGUGUUUCGUAAGUACAGAGAGCGCAGCCGGCAAGCGUGAGAACCUACUUGUAGAUACAUCGUGCAAGAGGAAUCGAGGAGGUGAAAUCGUUGGAAAGAGAAUCGUCGGUGCAGGGCCGCGAAACGCGUCGCGUACCCGGUUCGUCAUUAGUUUUCGUUUUAGCAAGAUGGCGGAACUACAGGGUACCCCGGUUGCCCAGGACGCCCUGUCCGUAGCUCAGUUAGAGCUCGGUGGAAAUCCGAAUGCCCUGGCGUUGCGUAGGCCAUUUGAUCCGGUGGCACAUGAUCUCGACGCGACCUUCCAUCUUACGCGAUUCGCCGACCUGAAAGGAUGAGGGUGUAAGGUCCCUCAGGAGGUUCUCGGGAAACUCCUCGAGGGACUGCAGGCCGACGAUGGUAGCGCACAAGAUCAUGAGCAUGCCCAUUUUAUGCACAUGGCCAUUCCACGCAUCGGCAUUGGCAUGGAUUCCUCCGUGACUCCACUGAGGCAUGGGGGGCUUAGUUUGGUACAAACUACAGACUUUUUCUACCCAUUAGUCGAUGAUCCUUACAUGAUGGGUAAAAUUGCAUGUGCAAAUGUUAUCAGCGAUCUAUAUGCCAUGGGUGUUACUGAGUGUGACAAUAUGCUGAUGCUGUUGGGAGUCAGUACAAAAAUGACCGAGAAGGAACGGGAUGUUGUUGUUCCUUUAAUCAUGAGGGGAUUCAAAGAUUCUGCUUUGGAAGCUGGUACCACAGUGACAGGAGGUCAGACAGUUGUUAAUCCUUGGUGUACGAUAGGUGGUGUUGCUUCUACUGUUUGUCAACCAAAUGAAUACAUUGUACCGGACAAUGCGGUUGUGGGUGAUGUUCUUGUUUUGACAAAGCCACUUGGCACUCAAGUUGCUGUUAAUGCUCACCAAUGGUUAGAUCAACCAGAUCGUUGGAACAGAAUCAAACUUGUGGUCAGUGAAGAUGAUGUGAGAAAAGCCUAUCAAAGAGCAAUGGACAGUAUGGCCAGGCUCAACAGAAUAGCGGCUAGAUUAAUGCAUAAAUACAAUGCUCAUGGAGCAACAGAUGUUACGGGCUUCGGCCUUUUAGGACACGCACAAAAUCUGGCCAAACACCAGAAGAACGAAGUCUCUUUUGUUAUUCAUAAUUUACCUGUUAUCGCUAAAAUGGCAGCUGUAGCAAAAGCAUGCGGUAACAUGUUCCAACUUCUUCAAGGUCAUUCGGCGGAAACGAGCGGUGGGUUGCUCAUUUGCCUACCUAGAGAACAGGCCGCUGCGUAUUGUAAAGAUAUCGAAAAGCAGGAAGGUUACCAAGCAUGGAUUAUUGGUAUCGUAGAGAAAGGAAACCGCACAGCUAGAAUAAUUGACAAACCACGAGUAAUAGAAGUGCCAGCUAAAGAAAAAGAUGGGGAACUUUGGUAAAAAAUCAAAGACAGUGACGAAGUUUUUUCUAUUUACUUUCAUGUAUUUAGGAGAAAUCACAUGCAACACAAAAAAAAGCAUUUACAUAGAUCAACACUAUUGUACCAGAUUCAAAGCACUUACAUGUGCACCAUUACAAUGGACUAAUUGCAUAUUUUUAUCGGAUAAAAAUUUCAACUAUAUACUUUUUUUUGUCCUAUAGGUUAAAAGAAUGAAAUAUUACAAUACCGAUUUAUACUUAUGUGUUAUUUUUUAUUGAAAUUCAGUUCCAAGUAAUUUAGGAAACGUUUUCUAUUUUUUCUCGUUUUUUUAAUAUUUGUUGAAAUCUAAAAAUAUUUCGCAAUAAAACAUAAAAUGUUCAUAACAGUUGAUAAUUAUGAACUCUCUUACUGAAAAGAAUUCGAUACAAAAAAGAAAAACAUGAAAAGGCAAUAAAGUAUAAAAAAAAAACAGGUUUUAAUAGCUUAUCUUUUUUUUUUAAGAUUUAAGACUUAAUUAAGUAUAGACCCAGGUAGCACUAAGAACAGACUAAGCUUGAAGCAUUUGAUCAAACAUGCGAUAUGUUGAGUGACAUUUGGGUGCUUAGUGUUAAUAAAGAAUGUUAUGGUACACAUAAAUGAUAGCUCGUGAUUACAAAGAUUUAUAAAUAUAUUUUAAAGGGGUACACAAUAUUGCCGAGAAGAAAGAAGCGGUUUUAACGAUAUAUUGUACAUUACGUCGACUUUACGGAUUUAAAAGAAACAUUGAAAUCAUAGUUAUAGAGAUGCAAAUUUGUAAACAGAGAUAAACCACCCCGUAGUACACAAUGAUAGGCUUUCACAAGCCAACAAGAUUUUCACGAUUUGUAAUUUUGAUCUAUUGUUACAUAGAAUGCGUAAGAUGUCCAAACGAAAAGAAGGCCUUCUCUAGUUUUCUCGUUACAUACGCUUUUGAAAAUAAUUAUAAAAGAAAUCGAGCACAGGCCCUAAUGUUGUAUUACUUUUUCAUAUGAAUAAAGUGCUACUUUGUCAAUAAAAA